CCUGAGUUCGAAUUGAAAGCUGGAUACGACUUGCCAAUGGCGGGAUUGGGACUCCGUCUGUGUCUCCAUCCGAACUCAACUGGCCGUUUUUAUACCGACCAUAUGAUGGGUUUGUUUGUCUGCUGUUCGACCUUCAAAUCGUCGUUAUGUCACAUUUGCAGUUUAUUGUUCAGGGUGAAAACUAUAAACGUUUGUUUUGUCUACAUCAGUUAACUAUUCAACGUUAAGAAAGGAAAAAAAACGAAGGGACAAUGUGUGUGUCUUUUCAUCCGAAAAACCUUGCAUCCAUGCUGUCCCAUUUCCAUCAACUAUUCAAUGUUUUCAGCCUAAUGGAUUUUACAAUUGCGCUAGCAGUGUAUACACCUCCCUAAUUCUGAACUUAUUUACCUUCCAUUUCUACGAAGUGUGUACACGGGCAGGGAUUUCAACAGGUGUCGCCACCAGUGACAUCGAUGGUCGUCUAUAGCCUUGGAUUAUUCUUUCACAUUUCGUAAACAACAUUUUUGGGGCUACAUGAAUAUUCAUGACCUUCAUUAGCAAAGAACUAUAAAGGAGCAGUGAAUCAAUGGAGAUGGUACAGUCGCAUCAGGUGUUCCAGUAUACAACAACUAUCACUUAAAAAGUAGCAAGACUAUAUCGUCAUGAAGGUUGUUCUCUUUUUAACCGCUUUAUUCGCCUUCGGUUUGGUUGUCGACGUGAUGUCGAUGACGACCGAAGAUGACGAAACAGCUGGCGAUGAAUUCAAUCAUGGAUUCUCCAUGGCCGAUGGAAUUGACGAAGCCGAUUUUGAAAAGGAUGCGGAGAUGGAUGACGAACUGGAAAGAAUGGCCGAUCCUCUGCGAGUCCGCGUUCGUAUUCGACGUCCAUUUUACACACCGCCUGUUCUUGGAUUCGGUGGAUAUGCUGGACUUGGUGGAUACGCAGGGCUCGGAGGACUCGGUCUGUCCGGCGGAUUCGGACUGGGUUUCGACGAUGUCGAAGACAACAACGUCCGUGAUGAUGAAAGAUCUUUAGAUGCUGAUGACGAUCAAGAGAGUUCCACUGACGACGAUGAAAAUAUCCAGCGGAUGGCCGAUCGACUCAUCCGCAUUGCAAUCAGAACAGGACGGCCGUUUCCCUAUCGUAGAUUUAAUCGAUUCGAAAGGCUUCGAUUGAAACGGCCACUUUUGGAUCAUCAGCAAGACGAUCUACCAGAAGAAGAUGAGGAUUCCAUGACUGAGGAUGAACCUUUACACUUCGCGGAUGAUCGAAUGGAAGAUGCGAUGAAAUUCCGCCGAUUCAAAUCCCGCGUGAGGCCACAAUUGGACACGAAACGAAUGAGAUUGGCGAUGAUGCGAGCAGAAAUGGCCCGUCUUCGUGGCCGCUACCCGCCGCUUGCCAGUCGUCGGUUCACCUUCAAAGGAAAAUGUUUGUGUACAUGUCCUUAAUGUCGCCGAAGAAUGUUCCAAAGUUAUAUACGUCCGACUGUUUCCUUAAACUUAAUGUCUCUCUGAUUGUGAUCCCCACCUUUUUUUUUAAAUCAGUGGGUACAACAACAACAAAUGAAUGUAGUAUUUUGUGGAAAAAAUCUGAUUGAAUAAUACACAA